GCGUAGAGAGGUAAAGGUGGGAACGAGGGGAUCGGUCGCAACCGGGAAGAGAGGGUGGCGGGUAGGAGGGAGGAGAAGUUGGCAUGGGAGGUCGGGAUUUUUUUUUGGUUUAUUGUUUUUUGUCGCAUGACGGGGAGGAGGGAGGGGAAGUUGGCAUGAUGUCAGGGGUAGGAAGUGGGAUCAGGGGGGAGGCGGGAUAGGGGAGGAAGACGUAGGAUGAUGUGGAGGUCGGGAUGGGAUGGGAAUUGGGAGAUCAGAUCGGGAGGUCGUGGUCGGGAGAGCAAGCGCAGAGAGGUAAAGGUGGGGACGAGGGGAUCGGGAUGGGAAGUCGGGACCGGGAAGAGAGGGUGGCGGGGAGGAGGGAGGACAAGUUGGCAUGGGAGGUCGGGACUGGAAAGGGAGGGUGGCGGGGAGGAGGAAGGGGAAGCUGGCAUGGUGUCGGGGGGAUGGGGACAAGGGGAUCGGGAUGGGAGGUCGAGACCGGGAAGAGAGGGUGGCGGGGACGAGGGAGGAGAAGUUGGCAUGGGAGGUCGGGAUUUUGUUUUGGUUUAUUGUUUUUUGUCGCGUGACGGGGAGGAGGGAGGGGAAGUUGGCAUGAUGUCGGGGGCAGGAAGCGGGGUCAGGGGGGGGGCGGGAUCGGGGAGGAAGACAUCGGGAUGGAAUGGGGAGGCCGCCGAGAAGGGAGGGUGGCAGGGAGAAGGGAGGGGAAGUUGGCAUGAUGCCGGGGGAAAGGAAGCAGCGGCGGAGAGAAAUCGAGACGCGAAGGAGGGAGAGGUGAUGAGAUCAGGGAAGAAGAGAUGGGAUGAUGUGGACGUCGGGAUGGGAUGGUGGCGAGGAGGAGGGAGGAGAAGUUGGCAUAAUGUCGAGGGAAGGAAACAGGAUCAAGGAGGAAGACGUAGGAUGAAGUUAAGGUCGGAGAAGUCCGGAGGUCGGGAUUGGGGACGGGUUGGGACGCGGUCGAAGAAGGAAGGCAAGAGAGCGAGACGUCGGGACGGGGAAGUCGGGAUGGGAUGGGAGAUGCGAAUAGAGGAGGGAGAGAUCGCGAUCGGAGAGGGAUGGGACGGUCGGGAGGCGGGAGUGAGAAUGGACAAGCGGGAAGUCAUGAUCGAAGUCGGGAUGGGGGAUGGGAACGAUGAAAGGCAAGCUUGGGAAGUCGCGGUCGGGGCAUUGAGGGGAAAGAAAGAGAGGUCGGGGGGAGAGUUGCAACGACGGAACGGGAUGGUAGUCGCGACGUCGGGACAAGGGGUGAGCACGAUGUCGAGGCGGGAUGGUAUAGGACUGGGGAAGUGUGGAUGGGGGACCGGUCGGGGGAUCGAAGACGGUAUCAAGAUCGGGACGGGAUGGGGAGGUCGGGAGGGGGGAGUGACAAUGAACGAGCGGGAAGUCAUGAUCGAAGUCGGGAUGGGGGAUGGGAACGGUGAAAAGGCAAGCUCGGGAGGUCGCGGUCGGGAUUUUGAGGGGAGAGAAGGAGAGAUCGUGGGGAGAGUUGCAACGACGAAACGAGAUGGUAGUCGCGACGUUGGGACAAGGGGUGAGGAAGAAAGAUCGGAGGGAGAGUUUGAGCACUCGGGAUCGGGACGUGAGGACGUUGAGCCCGGCAGGUCGGGAUCAGAGGUCGAGACCGGAAAGUCAGGAUGGAAGACACGAACAAAGGCAGGAAACGUCACGAUCAGCGAGCAAGAAUUCGAAUGAUGUUUUCUUGAAAAUCGUCUGUGUUCUUUUUUUUUUUUUUUUUUUUUUUUUUUUUUUUUUUUUUUUUUUUUUUUUUUUUUUUUUUUUUUUUUUUUUCGAAUUUUUUUUUUUUUUUUUUUUUUUUUAUUAAAUCAUUGUAUACAUCAAUAUGCUGAAGAGUUCGGACAGUGUUUUUCUGAAAAUCGUCUGUAUAUUCCCUUUUUUUUUUUUUUUUUUUUUUUACUGAAGUGCCUUUUUCUGUGACGCCGAUUAAGCAAUCCUAUCG